AUGUUUAACCCCUUCAACCCCGGCGGAGCCGGCUAUGGAGGUGGACUACGAGCUCCGCGCGCACAACGGUUCGACGAAUACUACCGAUGUUACCCCCUCAUCAUGGCCCCCGGUGCAGAGCGCCCCGAGCUUAACUACGGCUCCAAGAUCUUCCUUCCCCCAUCUGCUUUAGAUAAGGUGUCGAGGUUGCAUGUCCAGUGGCCGAUUAUGCUAGAACUCAUCAACGGGGCGACGAGCAAACACACCCAUGCGGGCGUGCUGGAGUUCGUUGCGGAGGAGGGGAGAGCUUACAUUCCACAAUGGAUGAUGCAAUCACUUCAACUAGACGUCGGUGACAUGAUCCAAGUCAAGACCACCUCACUCGAGCUUGCGAAGCUCGUUAAGUUGCAACCCCAAUCUGUCAACUUUCUGGAAAUCACCGACCCCCGCGCCGUCCUCGAGAAAGCUUUCCGUAACUUCGCCUCCUUAACUAAGGGUGAUGUUUUCAGCUUCGAAUACAACGAUGAGAUUUACGAUAUGGCGGUCCUGGACGUGAAGCCGGAGACAGAUAAGAUGGGCGUGAGCAUGAUUGAGACAGAUGUCAGCGUCGAUUUUGCCCCUCCUGUCGGUUACGUCGAGCCAGAGAGAACGACUAAGGGCAGUGGCACGAGCACGCCCCGGAGUGCGCGAGGUGGGGGCCAGGGUGUGCCUCCCGGGGGCCUGUUGUACAACCAAGGGACCAUGGCACAGGCGAUCAACUAUGACUCGAUUGCACCGGGUUCAGCAGCAUCUUUGGCUGGCAACUUCUUGGGGGAAGGGCAAAGAUUGACCUCAAAAAGAAGCAGUAAAGCUCCCACGCCGAAGCCUACAACACCUGUUACCGGGUCCUCGGCCGCAAAUAACGCUGCUGCGGUGCCUUUGCGGCGAACUAACGGGCCGGCUCCUCUCCGUCUCCCCCCAACCAAGUUAUUUUUGGGUUACGAGAUCAAACCGGUGAAGACAGCGGAAGACAAAGAAAGAGAGGUGGCGAGCUCCAAACAACCUCACUUUGCAGGGCAGGGACAAACAUUAAGGGGGGCAGUGAAGAGAAAGGGUGAGGACGAUGAAAAGACGUCGAAGUAA